GGGUUUAGGUGCAUGGCUUACCAAGAACAAUUAUAUAUAUGGUAAUAAAGUCAUUUCAGAUGAAGGGAUGGGCAUUUUGGUCAGACUAUGCAAUGUUUUGGACAGGGGGAGGUAUUUGUAAUAAUGAGCCAAAGUUGAGGGGAACAUGGUGCAAAUUUUUUUAAAAAGUUUCAUCCAUGUGUUAUUAGGGUGGUCACGGUCAGUGUAUUUAACCCUUUUUUAUUUGGACUAAAAGUAUAUUCUUUUCCUUCAACACAGUUGCGCUUGUUUAGUUGGGUUUUUCUGUUGACUGCAUCAAUGUUAAAUAACAGUAUCCAAGAUUAAUGGCUCCAUUGCCUCAGAAGGGAUGGCAUGGUUUCUCAUUGGACCAUGAUCUGGAAGUUGGGGAUUUCUUAGUAUUUAAUUACAUCGAAGGAUCCCAUUUUGUUGUUCAAAUAUUUGGGAAAACUGGGUGUCAGAAACCAGUGUUCUCUGAAAAGAGCCAUGGACGUAAUGGUCCGGCGGCUGAAGCAAUUGAUAAUGGUGCGGCUGAAGCAGUUGGAAGGCUCUGAAACAUCUCACUUUGCAAUGAAUUCAAGAAAAUGAUGAUUCUGUGAGAAUGGAUAAAAUGAUAUUCAUGUCUAGAAAAGAUUCUGGCAGUGGAAAUACCUCUGGGCAUCUCCUGGACACAUCUGCUGCAGAAGCUGCAAGAAAUAGAAACAGCCAUGCUGAGAUAUCGAAUAUGGUUAUAAAAGAAUGCCAGAAUGCAAAGAAAAAGAGAGUUGCACGAUCAACAGGCAGUCAUGGAGUGUUUCAGAAGGAAGGUAGUCCGAGUGUCCUGCAGAAAUAUACUGGAUCUUCAGAGUUCUGUGACCUUCCAGUCUCUAUUGCAAUGCAGAAUUGUCAAUUUGGUGAACGGAUGCAAGUGGUUGAAAAAGAGAGAGAAAUGUGCAGUCAUGAGGAGACGAGACAUGGUAUUAUUUUGCUUUUACUUCUUUUAUUUUGUUUAGCACACCUUAGGUUUUCCAUCUCAGUAUCAAAUACUUGAAUGAAAUACAAGAAGGCAACCAAAGGUCAUCAAUGAGUGCGGGCAAGGUUCAAGUUCGGCUAUAAACGAUAAUAAUAAAGGAGACAAAGUGGUGAAAACUGAACCUCUUGAUUUGAUUGUUUUUUCCUCACUGGAUGCCACCAGUUCGGUGGUGGGAGAUGGUCAAUCAUUUCUUGUAUGUUACUCAUUAACUCAUUCUGCUCAAUGUGUUUGCCUUUGUGCUCUGUUUUUCUUGCAAUUUUUUUUUUUCUUUUUCUAUAAUCAAAACUAAAUAGCUGAGUCAAGAAUAGGUUUACAGCACAAAUUCAUUCUCUGCUGGCAUAUUAUUUUUUUUUAUUUUUCUUUUUUUAAUCAUAUCAUUUGUUAAUAAUUGUUCUAUGAGUUAUGUUGUUCCCUUAUUUAUUUUAUUUGUGAGGAAUAAUCUGUCUUAAUUCAAUCCUUGUAUGUUGAUUACCUUUAUUUUCUUGAACAAGAACGGUAAA